AUGACUAUGAUCGACUGGUAUGGGUAUUCACCACUGGCUACAGCUUGUAGAAAGGGAGAUAUAGAGAUAGUUAAGCUACUGCUGGAGAAAGGGGCAAGUGUGACUAUGAUCGACAUGGAUGGGUAUUCACCACUGGCUACAGCUUGUGAAAAGGGAGAUAUAGAGAUCGUUAAGCUACUACUGGAGAAAGGGGCAAGUGUGACUCCUAUCGACAUGAAUGGGUAUUCACCACUGGCUACAGCUUGUGAAAAGGGAGAUAUAGAGAUCGUUAAGCUACUGCUGGAGAAAGGGGCAAGUGUGACUGAUAUCGACAUGGAAAGGUAUUCACCACUGGCUACAGCUUGUGAAAAGGGAGAUGUAGAGAUCGUUAAGCUACUGCUGGAGAAAGGGGCAAGUGUGACUGAUAUCGACAUGGAUGGGUGUUCAUCACUGGCGAGAGCUUGUGUAAAGGGAGAUAUAGAGAUUGUUAAGCUACUGCUGGAGGAAGGGGCAAGUGUGACUGAUAUCGACACGGAUGGGUAUUCACCACUGGCUGGAGCUUGUGAAAAGGGAGAUAUAGAGAUAGUUAAGCUACUGCUGGAGAAAGGGGCAAGUGUGACUGAUAUCGACAUGGAUGGGUAUUCACCACUGGCUACAGCUUGUGAAAAGGGAGAUAUAGAGAUAGUUAAGCUGCUGCUGGAGAGAAAGGGCAAGUGUGACUGAUGAUCGACAUGGAUG